UCGGCCAACGUUGGGUUUGAAAUAUGGCUGUGACGGUUGGGUAGUUGUGGAUGUCCGUGUUCAUGCAGAAUCACGUUCAACCAGUGCAUACUUCUCAUUCUGUGUGAUUGCGGACGCCGCCAAGAAGACAGGCUGGAUCGGAUUGCGGUGUGAAACAAAGUAGCGGCCAUGAUAGUUCAAGAGCCGGUUCAGGCAGCCAUAUGGCAUUGUCUCAAUCAUUAUGCCUUCUCAGAUGCCAUCUUUCUUGCAGAACGGCUUUAUGCAGAAGUACACACGGACGAAAGCCUGCAUCUUCUAGCCACUUGCCAUUACCGAGCGGGGAACAAGGUGUCGGCAUACAAGCUGCUCCGUUCGCGCGGGUGCCGCUCGCCGCAGAGUCGCUUCCUCUUGGCGCGCUGUUGCAUUGACCUGCGCAAGUUUGCCGAAGCCGAGUCGGCGCUCUACGGCGAUGUCGGCCUGUCGUCGCGCAGCUCAGCCAAAGGAGGUCUUGAUGAGACGGCAACAGCAUUUGGAGAUUCUGCCUCCUUUGCCAUGGGCCUCCUGGGACAACUGUAUUCAAAAACGGAGCGUGUUGGCCGUGCAACAGAAGCCUACAAGAAAAGCCUGAAGCUCAACCCAUUUCUCUGGUCCUCGUACGAAUCCCUCAUUGACCUAGGAGAAUCGCCAAACCCAACGGAAAUAUUUAAUGUAUCGUCUCUUGAAAACUUUAGUUUAUGCCAAGGGAGCAAUCCUCUUGUCAAUUUUGUAAAUAAGACCAGUAUUGACAGCAUCGCAGAUGACAUAAAGGUGGUUGGUGGUCAGGGGACAGGUUUGGUCGCGCAAGCUGCGGGCAAGGUGUCUGUACUGCCACUGUCGACGGGUUCGACACCACCAUCGCAAGCGCCACUGCUGGUCAUGCGUUCAGCAGGGACGCCAGGCACGCCCCAGCAGUCAUCGCUAGACGUCACCCCUCUGACCAUCAUGACAAGCACUCCAGAGUUACAGGCUCAGGAGAGCAUUGCCAAUAUCUGCCUGGGCAGUAAAAGUGGCAAGCAAGCACAAUCGCUUUCAGCUGUCAAGGGAGUACGCAAUAUUUUGGCAGGAGGAGCCGGAGCCCUGAGUCCACUUUCGGCAUCGUUUGGUGUGCUACCUUUGGUCAACUCCUCGCCUGGCACAGCACCCCCUACAGCUAUUAGUGGCAUGCUUGCCUAUGUCACACCCACUUCACAAGGCAUAUUAGACACCAUCUCCAAGGAAACUUGCCCUCCAGUCAAAAAGCUGAAGAAUCGUUAUGCAUUGCUAAAAUUUCAUAACCUAGCGAGGAAACCUCAGGGACUGAACACUCCAAAGGUUCAAAUAUUCAGCCAGUCAAGUAACAACAACUUGCUGCAGACGCCACCAGUUCCAACCAGCUUUCCACCCAGUGGUCUGAGCAGCGUGCGGCGCAGCUCGCGCCUCUUCAGCAGCUCUAACUCGGUCAAGGAGAACAACAAGGGUAGCUCGUCGCCCAAGACCAUACGGAGUCUGGCCGCCCGGCUGCCCUCGUCCAAGAAGAGUAAACCCUCCCGGGGGGCUCUACGCACCAACACGACCACCUCCGGCUCCAACAAUGCCAGCGCCAUCACCGAGGGAGAGCUCAACGAGAUGAACAAGCCCGAGCUAUUGCCCGUGUCCCUGGCUCAGACUGCACUUUGCAUGCAGAGGGCCUCUGCAGAGGGCCUGAUGCAGCUGCUACAAGACCUGGGGAAGGCACGCCUCUACCUGGGUCAGUACAAGUGUCGGCAAGCCAUCGAGACUUUGGAGGCCCUUCCACCCCAUCAGUACUCAACAGGAUGGGUUCUUGCUGCCUUGGGCAGGGCGCAUUUCGAACUGGGAGAGUACGACAAGGCUGUCCGUGUCUUCGAGACUCUCCGGUCCCUUGAGCCACACCGGCUACAGGGUCUGGAGUACUACAGCACAGCACUUUGGCACCUGCAGAGGGAAGUAGGCCUCUCUGCACUCGCUCAAGACAUGAUGGAGUUGGACAAGACAGCACCAGAGACAUGCUGUGCGGCUGGCAACUGCUUCAGUCUGCAGAGGGAGCAUGAGACAGCAGUGCGCUUCCUGCAGAGGGCUGUACAGGCUGACCCAGACUUUGUCUAUGCAUACACGCUGCUUGGCCACGAGUUGGCAUCCAUGGAAGAAAUGGAACCGGCCCUGUCUGCCUUCCGCAAUGCCUUGUUGGUCAACCCUCGUCACUACAAUGCCUGGUAUGGGGCAGGUAUGAUCUACUACAAGCAGGAAAAUUUUAGUAUGGCAGAAGCGCACUUCAAGCGAGCCCUCCAAAUCAACCCACAGAGCUCUGUGCUUCUUUGUCACAUUGCUGUGGUACAGCACUCCCUGAAGAGGACAGACGAGUCCAUUUUAACUCUAAACAGGGCCAUUUCUAUGGAACCCAAAAACGCAUUGUGCAAGUUUCAGCGAGCUACCAUCUUUUUCUCGGUGGAUCGCUACCAGGAGGCACUCAAAGAGCUAGAUGAGCUGAAGCAGCUUGUGCCCAAGGAGUCACUAGUGUACUUCCUCAGUGGAAAGGUUCACAAAAAGUUGGGCAACACCCACCUAGCCCUAAUGAAUUUCUCGUGGGCCAUGGAUUUGGACCCUAAGGGUGCCAACAACCAGAUCAAGGAGUCCAUCGACAAGCGCUUCAGCCAUGACGAAGAAGACAUUGCCGCUGUCCAUCAACUGUCGGUUGACGACUCUGGGAGCAUCGAGUCCAAUCCCAUAGACCCAGAAUCGUCGCACGGGAGCUCUGUGGCAGACCUGAAUGACAUGCAUCUCCAGUCAAUGGAAAGUGACGAUGGAUUCUAGUGCCAUACGUGCCAGCAGUUAGGCGUGAAAAACUGCACUGCGGGUUGCUUUUCGGCAGUGUCUGUGAGAAACUUUGGAGGGUGAACAUUUUGAGCGUAGCGAGACAGGGCGGUUUUGCCAAGAAGCUGUAACAAUGGCGCUGAAGUGCAGAUGAUUUGUGAAGGGCCUUGUCCUGUGAAUGCAGUUGACCUGGGUCCUCUAAGGGCAUGUCUUCAUUUUAAUUAAGUUGUUUUGAUUGGUUGGCAUCUUUUUUUUUUUUCCGGUGUGCGUGUACCUGUGCGUGUGCAUGUUUGCAAUGUUGCCCAACUUCUCUUGUGGCGUUCUGAAAGAGCCAGGUGUAAAAUUAACGCGAUAGCGUUCUUGCUCACACCCAUGCACUGUUCAGCACUUGUUGUACAGGCAUUGUCAUAAUGUACGCUUUAAAAGUACAUCUUCAUGGAAUUUUCCCGAUGCAUUUCAUUGUCUUUUUUUCGUGAAAGGGUGAAACAACAAAGAGGCACGUUGAACACAGAGGGGACUUCUGCCGUAGGGAUGUAGUUGUGAGAUUCAAUGUGAAAACCUCCUACUUUUAGCCGGAUACAUUACCGGAAGACGCGGAACUUCGUACUUGGUUUUGAAACAGAGCUAAAUUUCAAUUUUUCUUUUGGAGACUGCUCUAAAAGAUAUGAAACCUGAUACUGGCAUUUAAAGAAAAAAAAAUGUAACCCUUACUCUGUCGCAUGGCUUAUGCAUCAAAUAGUUCCAUACAAUCAUGUGUUUUGGAUAUGAUUUCUUGUAAAACCAUGAUUCUGGCAUAUUAGACGCUUGUAAGGUUCUAUUGUAGAGGUCGUGGCUGCUCGAACUGUCUACUUUAAGUUUCACGACUGUAAAUUUCGUUGUGUUGCUUAAGUGAAAAGCAAGAAGCAUGGAUAGGCCGCAUGUCAUAGUCUUCAAGUGAACGCUGAAACACAUGCUAAAUCUUGUACACUCCACAUACGCAGCGCAAGCGCGUUCACACUCUUCUGGAAAAGCUUAACUAUAAGCGAAUGCAGUAGAUGAAGGCAGUAGUAAAUCAGAACUCUCCGGUGGGCUCAUCCUUUGUGUGGCAUGUCCGUGUGUACAUACUUUGUCAACAAAUACAGAGUUUUACUGCAAGGCUUGUUUUAUUGUUGUGCUGGCUCGAACAGAUGUGGCGCUAAUUUUUUUCAGGACCUUUCUCGGUGGUGUAUAAUAAAAGAUAUGCAAAUUUCGUACCUUGGAAGAUGUAAGUAUUGGAACAGCUGAAGAGCCAUUGAGCUUAGACGUCUUAGUGAAUUUUGGCAUUGAACUCUCUGAAGUUAAAGUGCUUCCAGCAUAUUUCAAAGCUCUCUUGCACUUUUUGUCUGUACUAAAUAGUUUGCCUUUGUAAAGUUGCUUCUAUUUGAGUUUUAAGUUACUGCAAGCACUUCUAAUUUUUUAAAACUGUCUUUACAUGCAGGUACAUCUGAAUGAUCUUGUCACGAAAUCUUCAAAAAGUUUUUUCUUCCCAAUGUGCUUAAUGUAGACAAAGUUGGGGUGCCAUUCACACCAUCACACAGCAUGACAAGCAAUUGUGUUACUGUUGCAAGAUGCGACACUGUGGUUUAAACAAAAGCAGGCUCUAUCUCGCCACUAACAUUGUUUUGGUAAUUCAGUACUGGGGCAUGCAUAUUCCCAAUUAGUUUUAAUUUUCUCUAGUUCUUAAAUUGUGUUCUUUCUCGCUGUGUAGUUUGCUGAGCGGCAUGAGAUCCCGGGCUCUCUGAGAUGAUUGGUCCCAUUUUUAAACCUUCUGUAAACCCUCUCUUAUCAUUAUUAAUGCAAACAUAAGUGAAUGCUGGAGGGUCUGAAUUAUGGAUCCUAAGCAUGGGCAAGUUUCAUCCUUAAUGAAUCUUUUGUUAUUAACAUAGUGAUGUUGUCAAUAAGCAAACUAAAAAUUACACUGAAGUCCUGGAAACAUUGCCUUGCACAAAAAAAAAAAAUAAUCACCAAUAUAGUAUCCCAUGGGCACUUCACUGUAUUGAAAAGUUGGCAACAAUGUAGCUUGUAGUAUUCGCAUUUGCCUGCACAGGCUCUGCCUUUAAACACUGUCAUCUAGCUAACAUAGAAAUGAAGGGUCGCUGUUAGCCACUCGUACUUUGACAGCUACUCAAUCUGCUUAUGCUGCCGCUUAGUGGGAUGCCUUCCGAGCACACUGUAAAAAAAUAUUGCUGCCAAUCGGUAUCUGCUUUUCCAGACGUCGAUCCAAGCAGUCUUGCAUAGCUUGCUUGCAUGUGCAGCGGCUUCUCAUUGUUGAAGGGAACACGAGAGUAUGGGUCAAAUGCAAAUUUUCAACUACAUUUGCUUAGGAACAGCUGGGCUACAUACAUAAUGGCAUAUUGUUACUGCAUACAUGCAUUGCCAGUGUAGAUGACCUCAACAGUCAUUCUCUUUGCAUAGGCAGAUCAUCUUGCAGCUCUGUUUAAAAAGGGUAUCGCAAAACAAGAAAACUUCAUUUACAUGUAGGCUCAAGCAACAAACCAAUUUUUUUAUAUUGAAAGUAGCCAACUUUAACACGGUGAAUCCGAUGCUAAGGUUAUCUUCUCUUCCAAUGCGUGUAUGUACACUCUUAAAAAAAAACUGAGUAUUUGGGGAGUGUUUCUGCUACACAGCAAUAAUCGUCGACUGCUUCGAGUACUUUCUUCACGUUAUCACCACAGUUCUGGUAGUGUGCGGUCGCAAGCGACACACUCGUAAUCGGUGACAUAGCAUUCCCGACAAGAAAGUGGUGUGCACCAGGUUUUCGCGAAAGGAAACACGAGCAUGUCAGAUGACGGUUAUUGUUGUUUAGCAGAACUACUCCCCAAAUACUCCAUAUUUUCUUAGAGUGUAGUGUGACUUGUCGAUAUGUCACCUGGAACCACUACAGAUAACUUGCAGAAGCGAGCACCAACUCCAGCCUGUGCGCCGGCUUAACAGUGUAAUAGUCCUUGUCCCUUACACAGCAACUGAAGCUUUGGCAAAGUUCAUGUUAAUCGUAAGUUGCUCUCACAUUGUAGUGUCGUUUGACUAGUUGAACUCUGUUGCUAAUCGGUGAGAACAGCCAAAAAAAAAAAAGUGUGGUUGAUUUGGCAUGGCUUAAAAAGUGAUGACUGGAACAUGAGCUAAGUUGUAGGGUUUUGUGUGCAUUUACAUUUGCAGUGUGAAGCAGACACCUAUUUGUCGUAACUGUACUGCCAGUAGAUGCAGUUAGUGUUUCAUUCUUUCUUCACAUUUUUCUAAAUGCUGAAACUUCUUAGUUUCGAAAUGGGAAGCUUUCAGAAUGCUCGUUGUGCAGCUGCACAGGUGUUUGGUAGUUUUACGCUUUUUUUCAUGAGCGGACAGACAUAUGCUUUGGAAGCAAGUGUAGUUUUUUUUUAGGAGACUGAAGUCAUUUUUGAGUGGCUACGUAACGGUGACUGUCUAGCCCGUGUUUGUGUGAUGAAAAUAAUGCCCCGUUUCCUUGGUCAUGAUGCAGUGAGUGAAUUGAAAUUUAUAUGGAUAUAUUGUAUAGCUAGUGUACAUAUAUUUUUGCAGGUCAUCACUUUUUUUUCUUCUCAUUAAUUGCAUUAAUUGCGGCAACUUAAGUUCUUUCCUCUCAUAAUUGCCGCUUGAAUAGUUGAUGUUUUACGAUUCCUUGAGACUUGCUUUGUUUACUUUCUUUGCAUAUUGUUUUACUUGAUUUAGGAAUUGAAGUCAGUUUUUUUUUUUCGCUAGGAUGCAUAUAUUUUUAUCUGUAUAUAAGUGUAAUAAAAACGGUAGUAAGCAAAGC